GUCAGCUGACGCCGGCGCCCCAGCCCUCGCCUCGCGGCGCCGCGCUCCCCGCGUCCCCCAAAGUGGCUGCAAACCGGCCGCCCACUUUCGGGGUUUGGGGGCAGAGAAAGUGAUGCGCGCCCGCUAGAGCCACCGAGCCGCGCCGCAGCCGCGUCACCUUCCCAACUUUCUCGGCCGCCCGCUCGCUCCCAGGACCCUGCCCUCCGGCUCCCGGAGCCGCUUGGGGUGCGUGCGCGGGCGAGGGGACCCCGCCGUCCGGGAUGGCGUCCAAUUUCAACGACAUAGUGAAGCAGGGGUACGUGCGCAUCCGGAGCCGGCGCCUCGGGAUUUAUCAACGAUGCUGGUUAGUAUUCAAGAAGGCUUCAAGCAAGGGUCCAAAAAGACUGGAGAAAUUUUCCGAUGAACGUGCUGCGUAUUUUAGGUGUUAUCAUAAGGUGACAGAGCUCAACAACGUGAAGAGUGUCGCUCGGCUGCCCAAGAGCACCAAGAAGCACGCUAUAGGCAUCUAUUUCAAUGACGAUACCUCCAAGACCUUUGCUUGUGAAUCAGACCUUGAGGCUGAUGAAUGGUGCAAAGUCCUCCAGAUGGAGUGUGUGGGCACACGCAUCAACGACAUUAGCCUCGGAGAGCCUGACUUACUGGCUACAGGGGUUGAGAGAGAACAGAGUGAGAGAUUCAAUGUGUAUUUGAUGCCAUCUCCUAACUUAGAUGUACAUGGCGAAUGUGCCUUGCAGAUUACGUAUGAGCACAUCUGUCUUUGGGACGUCCAGAAUCCCAGAGUCAAACUCAUCUCUUGGCCGCUAAGCGCCCUGCGGCGGUAUGGACGAGAUGCUGCUUGGUUCACUUUUGAGGCAGGGAGGAUGUGUGAGACCGGAGAAGGGCUGUUUAUCUUUCAGACGCGAGACGGAGAGGCCAUCUACCAGAAGGUCCACUCGGCCGCCCUGGCCAUAGCCGAGCAGCACGAGCGUCUGCUCCAGAGCGUGAAGAAUUCAAUGGCAGGUCCUCACGCUGGGGUCCAUAUUAACUCAGGAGAAGGAACUCUGGUGUGGCGUGAUACCCGUCUGCUAACGACGCUGAGUGACCCUCACGGGCUCCAGAUGAAGAUGAGCGAGCGGGCAGCCUCGCUGGCCACCAUGGUGCCCCUGCCGCGCAGCGCCUACUGGGAGCACAUCACGCGGCAGCACAGCACCGGGCAGCUGUACCGCCUGCAAGAUGUCACCAGCCCUCUGAAGCUGCAUCGGACAGAGACGUUUCCCGCCUUCCAGUCUGAGCACUGACAGGAGCUGCGGAGCUGGGGUGAUGCGCCGGUGCCCGGUGCCGGGUCGCCGCAGAUGAGCCGAGGCCGGGGCGGCCAGAGGGAGCCCGAGGCGGCGGCGCCGGGCCUGGCCCGCUCGCACGCCGGGAGUUUCGCAAUACAAUGUUCGUUUCUUCUCUCCUUUCCUUCUUCCUUUUUUACAUCUUGGUGUGAUUGAACCUGCCUCUUGGUGUCCACGUGGCGUCCCUCUCUGCAGCUGGGCAGAAAGGACUCGAGGCCACACAGUGGUUUUCUGUUGUAGACACCAGGCCCCUCGUGCCUCUCCUUUUGUGGGUCCUUGUGAGCGUUUCGAUUGUGUGACAGUCAGUCCUGACAAUAAAAUGACUCUUCACUAUUUGUUAUUUGUUUAUGCCAUUUCCCUCCGUUACUCACGUGGCGAUUCGGUUACCUGGGAAUCACAUUUUGAAUAAGUUUUAUUAUCAGUGAGCUAAAGCAUGCCUUGACUCCCUCUCACCUAUUACCUUAA